AUUAUCUUUCGCUUAUAGUAGAACCUGAGAUACUUAAACAAAUUCUAUUUACGUGCUUUAUUGGUGUGAUACCAUACCGUACAAUUUGCGUAGUCAACAAUUGGUUAACAGAUAAAAUUAUUCAGACGACCAAGUACAUUGGUCAUGGCAAUUAGAUGACGUCAGCUAAGUUAAGUUUGUUGCUCAGAUAAAGAUACUUACAAUGUAUCGUCCAGUAUUGAGCAAGCGACAAAUUAUCAUACUAAUAAGACACUUGGCUAUAACAAAAUAAAGAUAAACAAAAAAAUUACAAAUGAAGACUGCAAAGUAUAUUCCUAAGGUUUACAUCGCUUUCCAUCUUCUAAUAGUACGACGAUAAUUACGAAAUUGACUAUUCUUUUAAGAGGAAUAUUAAAACUUCUUGAAUAUACCACAAUGGGUUUGUAGUGAGCCUUACAGUACCUUGCUGAUAGUAUUGCAAGUAUCCAAUUCUGAAUUCGACUCACCAAAACACUGUACCCAAAAAGGCAACUAGAUAUUAAGACCUUUGAAAUUUUAAAUCUUUUACGCAAAAUGUGUAAACCGUAAUAAUAGCACAAAAGAUUACCAACUAAUUUUUACAACCUUUAGUAGAUUUCCAUCUAUGAAAACGUGUCGUUGUCGUGAUGGGCACAUAUUCUCAACAUGUCAAACGCACAAAGCUCUCGAACAGACAGGUAACAGUCACUUCAUCCAGCGAGCUCGUAUACCGUACACCGACGUGUUUCGACACACCGGUAUUAAACUUGCAAAACGCUGUUCGAGGUUUCAGAACGGUCACGGAACAUCUGCAUGGAAGACAAUACAACCAAUAUGGCCUAAAGAUUUUGAAUUUAUCAAUGCCUUGACUGUAAUGCCAUAAUGAACACCUU